AUGGAGAACGACUAUUCGACUCUGUCAAGAACAGCCGGGCGAACACGCAUUCCCGCCGGUCUGAAGGAAAUGAGCGGUGCUGGAACGAACUCGCGCUCAGGACUGCUUCCUCCGGGCUCGAUUGCCAACAAAACGUCGGCCGUUCCGCAACCCACUCGUGCGAGGAGUACCACGCAAGGCGCCGAAUCGAGUCGAUCCGGAGUUGCACCGUCGACGACAACACGUUCCGCUUCCGUCAUGGGCAAACCGCACACCAGGGCAAAUUCUUACGCCUCCACCACAUUAGGUCGCUCCGCCUCUACCACCUCCCGAACGACGAAGAGUGCCUAUUCCUCCACAGUCGGACCGAAUGCGCGAUCAAACCCUGGCGCUCGCCCGCACACGUCGAUGGCCACCACCCGAAGGCAGAAUGGCAACGCGCUACCCCGGCCGGCGACCUCGCUGGAUACCCAUAACGAAGAAGAUUCAAGGAUCCUGGGCAAACGAAAGGGCGUUGAUUGGGACCGCGAAUCGCGCGAAAAACUUAUGGAUGAGCAUUUCACCAUGCUCAUGUCGCGGAUGAACCAGACGAGCCAGGAAAGUUUUGCCUACAAGGAAACUGUUGAACUGUACAAGUCGAGAGUGAACGAGUUAGAAGAAUCUCGAAAAGAGCUUACCGAAUCGAAAGUCUCGUUGCGUGUCGAGAUCGAAACACUGAAAGGCCAACUAGCAACAGCCGAUGGCGCCCUUCGGGACGCCCAGAGAGACUACGAGAUAACCGUGGAUGAGAUGGAUAACCGGAGACGGGCUGAAGUAGAGGCUGCCAAGCAGGACAACAAGAAAGAAAUUGACGCCUUGAUGGCACAACAUCUAAAUGAGAUGCAAGAGUUGCAGCGACGGUUUGACCGCGAGCUGGACGAGGAGAGAUCCGCGCGCAUGCGCGAGAUUACCCAGCUCAAUUCGCAGACAGCGAUGGACAACCAACGAACCCAGAUUGAACUGGAGCGCAAAGAAAGAGAAGCGGCAGCGCUGCAUAACGACAUUCAGAACCUGCGACACGAACUCGACCGGGAACGAAAGAGCACCCAGGAUCUCCGCCAUAACCUCGACACGGCCAGCACCAACGGCGUGACCAUGGAGUCGUCCAUCCGAGCACUCAAGGCGCGAAUCGAGUUCCUGGAAGGGGGCAGGGAGGAGCAGUCCCAGGCAUUUGAACGAUUGAACCAGCAGAUGAUGGAUGCGCUCGAUGAAACCAAUGCGACCAAAGAGAAGCUCCGAAAGGAGGAGACCCUGCGCCGGAAGCUACACAACCAGGUUCAAGAGCUCAAGGGUAACAUCCGGGUCUUCUGUCGUGUCCGUCCGUCACUGAACGACGAACGCGUUACGGACGUCGCGCAAAUCCAGUAUCCCGACGAGUCGGACGACAGCAAGGAGAUCUGCGUCAUGGGGCCGGAAGAGAAGAGCAGCCUCGGCACGGUAUCACGGAAGAACAACACUUUCGCCUUCGAUCGGGUAUUCGGGCCCUCUGCCCAGAAUGCGGAAGUUUUUGACGAGAUCAGUCAGCUGGUGCAGAGCGCACUCGACGGAUACAACGUCUGCAUCUUCUGUUACGGUCAGACCGGUAGUGGUAAGACCCACACCAUGUCCUCGCUGGAUGGUAUGAUCCCUCGGGCUGUCCACCAGAUCUAUGAAACCGCCACGGGUUUGGAAGAGAAGGGCUGGCGAUACACGAUGGAGGGCAAUUUUGUUGAAGUGUACAACGAGAACUUGAACGACUUGCUGGGCAAGGCGGAAGAGCUCGACAAGAAGAAACACGAGAUCCGGCACGAUAUGCAGCGGGGCAAGACGAUGAUCACCGACAUUACGACCGUCCGACUUGACUCGCCGGAGAUGGUCGAGACCAUCCUGAAGCGGGCUGCCUCCAACCGAUCUGUCGCAGCCACCAAGGCCAACGAGAGAUCGUCUCGAUCGCACUCAGUCUUCAUUCUCAAGCUCAUCGGCGAGAACCACAUCACCGGCGAGCGCAGCGAGGGCACGCUCAACCUGGUGGAUUUGGCGGGUAGCGAACGACUCAGUCAGAGUGGAGCUACUGGCGAGAGACUGAGAGAGACGCAGAACAUCAACCGUAGUUUGAGCUGCCUGGGAGAUGUUAUUGCGGCGCUGGGACAGGGCAAGGAGGGCGGACAUAUCCCGUAUCGCAACAGCAAGCUUACGUACCUUUUGCAAUUCUCCCUUGGAGGCAACUCCAAAACAUUGAUGUUAGUGAUGGUCAGCCCUCUGCAGGCGCAUCUCUCCGAGUCCUUGACCAGCUUGAAGUUCGCCACGAAGGUGCACAACACCCACAUCGGGACAGCCAAGCGACAGGCGCGCGUUCGUGAUUCUUAA